AUGAUACUGUGUUACCACCAGAACGUGUUCUGUUAUUCACGGAACAUUGACACUUCUUUAUACUAUACUGCCACUUACUCUCUCUCUCUCUCUCCGUCAUCGCUUCUAUCCUUCAGCAAAUCUUUUGAGAACUUGAAGGAGAAGAAGGUGAUUAUGAUGAGAGCGAUAAUGAUGAGAAGGAAACGUUUGGAUUCUGAGAACCGCCCAUCUCUUUAUAAAGUUGACAAGAGACUUCACUGGCGCUUCCCAGACAGCCACAGAGACAGCACUUUCUUCUCCGGAAAUCCACAGUUCAGUGAUGCAACAUCUCACAGAUCUGAAAUUCAAAAAGUUUAA